AUGGUAGGUAAUGGUAUUUCAAGUACAGGCAUGAGAAACGAAGAUGCUUCCGCUAAAGAGACUGAUACAAGACGUAUGGUAGAACUUUCCAGGAAUAUAGGGGAGAUGAAUGAUGAGAUUAGAACUAUAUGCUCUAGGCAGGGUUGGCAAGGGAUAGAAACGCAUCCAGUUCUACCGGUGGCACCUCAGAACCCACAUGAGACAGAACAUGUUCCUCAUGCGAAUACCUUACAAGUGAGUGGUCAUGGACAUGACAAUGACUUAUUGACAAGGUUUCUUAAGCUUACACCACAUGAGUUCUCCGGGACACCACCAGAUUGUGAUAUCGUAGAGAAUUGGGAGUUCGUUACGGAUGUGUCGAGAGACCGGAAGCGAUCUGAGUUUAUGGAUAUAGAACAAGGAGAGAUGUCUCUGGCUGAAUUUGUGAAUAAGUAUAGGGGUUUAUCACGUUAUGCUCCUGAAAUAACGUCUAAUGAUGAAGUAAAUGCUAGAAAAUUUAUACGCGCCUUAAAGCCUCAAAUCAGUAGACAACUUGCAGGUUUUCAAAUCAAGACCUUUCAGGAGGCAUUAAGUCGAGGUUUUAGCAUUGAAAGAGAAGAUGAAAACCGAAUUACAGAACAAGAAAGGAAGACGAAGCUGAUGCCUGGACAGUUUCAGGCAAAGCAGGAUUCAUCGAAGCGACAAAUGACAUCCAUGGCAAGUCAAACUUUCUUCAGGCCAUUUGGGCAACCUUGGCAAAUGGACCCCAAGGGAGAUUUGAAGGACUGUCCGAAAUUUCAACUUGCAAACUCAUCCUCACAUCAAGGAAUGGUUUAUUCAGUGGUUCAAGAAGACACCCCUACACAACAAGUUUUACAAGAAGGUGACGUAAUGUAUGCUGUGAUGCAUGGGGAUAGUUCCGCAACUGAUCAAGUAGUGGAAGAUUUGGUAGUUCUAGAUAUGCAAGGUUUUGAUGUUAUACUUGGUAUGGAUUGGUUAGCCAAACAUCAUGCAAGUGUGGAUUGCUUUGCAAAGUCUGUUAAUUUUUGUAUGUCGGGUAAAUCACCAUUUACCUUUGUUGGUUCCAUUAAGCCCCAAAGUCAGUUUCAGAAACUGAAAAAGACUGGUGGUUUAAGUGGAAUGAGGUUAUUAGCUUGUGUUGCAGAAUGUUCUGUGUCAGUUGACACAAUACCUGUUGUCCGAGAUUAUAGAGACGUGUUUCCAGAUACUCGGCCAGGGUUACCACCGAAAAGUGAUAUAGAUUUCUCUAUUGAUUUACUCCUAGGUACUUCUCCUAUUUCGUUUUCUCCUUAUCGAAUGGCCCCAAUUGAAAUGAGAGAGUUGAAAGCUCAAAUAGUUGAAUUAACCAGUGUAGGAUUUAUCAGACCCAAUUUUUCACCUUGGGGUGCUCCAUUUUUGUUUGUCAAGAAGAAGGACAAGUCGUUCAGAUUAUGUGUUGACUAUAGGAAGCUGAAUCAGAAGUAUUUGGAUCAGUUCGUAAUAGUUUUUAUCGAUGACAUAUUGGUUUACUCCAAGACAUGGGAAGAUCAUGAAACACUUUUAGAAAACGUUCUUGAAACCUUGCGUGAACAUCACCUUUAUGCAAAGUUCAGUAAGUGUGAAUUUUGGUUGAGCGAAGUGAAAUUUCUUGGGCAUGUUAUUUCAAGUGAAGGAAUAUCAGUAGAUCCAUCUAAGGUGGACAGUGUUUUAAAUUGGCAUCGACCAAAAACAGUUACAGAAAUUCGAAGUUUCUUGGGACUCGCAGGUUAUUAUCGUCGUUUUGUGGAGAGUUUUUCUAAUAUUGCUUCACCACUGACUCAGUUAAAACAAAAGUGGGUUAAGUUUGAGUGGACUGAUACAUGUGAAUCUGCUUUUCAAGAAUUAAAAACUCGCCUAACUACAUCGUCAGUGUUAACAGUUCGGACACCAGGGGAAACGUAUGUUAUGUAUACUGAUGCAUCAAGUGUUGGACUUGGUUGUGUGUUGAUGCAAAAUGGACAGGUCAUUGCUUAUGCUUCUCGGAAGCUGAAAACUCAAGAGAAAAACUAUCCAACCCAUGAUCUGGAGUUGGCUGCAAUUAUUUUUGCUUUGAAGGUUUGA